AUGAGGGUAGUCUUUUAGCAACAUUGGUGGCGAUCGAAGCUAUAAACUUAUGCUUACGAUCAUUUAGACGUGAAAACAUUUUUUAAAUAUUUCGAAACGAAAUUGAAAGAAGUUGUAAUUACGCUUUAUAAAUACCGAACAUUUUACGGGAACAAUUGCUGUGAUGUCAUCACCGACAACUACCGUUCCCCCACCGGGGUUCUAUGUGACGUCGAGCGAACCGACGACAAAGAGCAAACCACAAUCGACAUCGCUUACGGCAGGUAGCAUGAUUUUUCUUUCGGCCGGAAUGAAUAUGGCCCUGGGACUGGGUUGGUUUCAAUAUAGCAUCUACGGUUCGGCCAAACAUUUUUGUUUCUCAUGGUUUAUUGGCGUCAUAAUUGGUACAAUACUAACGGCUCCGCUUGUCAAUUUUAUGCCCAAGAGAUAUAUACUGAGUCUCUCCACCUUUUUGAUACUGAUCGAAGGCAUACUCUUUACAAGUGCCCCCUACAAUUAUGACUCGUUGUUGGCUGGACGUUAUUUCAAUGGCAUUGCAAUUGGCCUGACCAUUUCGCCCUUCCUCAUUAGUGCCAGUGAAAUUGCGGCCAACUCAAAUCGUGGCGGCUGCCUGGCCUUGGAACAAUAUUCCAUUAGUCUGGGCAUGGCCGUACAAAUGUUUUACGCCUCGUUGUGGAGUUAUUCCAUCGAUUUCUCCAUCAAUCGCGUGCAUGGUAUUAUCGACAUUGUGUUUGCCCUCUUGGCUGGCAUAUUUUUGUAUUGUUUCUUCGUCGAGUCGCCAGUGAGUUAUAUACGCAAGGGUGAAGAUGGUCUGGCUUUGGAGACAUUAGCCCAACUGUGGCAACCGAAAGGUGUAACGACGCCCGUGCGUUCGCUGUUCGAACAGCACAAAGCCUAUGUUCGAGAUCAGGAUAAUUUAUCAAUGGCUGAAAGUUUACGACAAGGUCUACUACCUCUGGUCAAAAUGCUGUUCUAUCGCAGCCUAAUGCUGGCCUUUUCUUAUUCCCUACCCCUAAAUUUGGCCAUGCAGUUUAGUCUGGUUUUGAGUGGCUAUACCUGGAUACCCAUUGUGGCCGGCGGUGUACGGGUGUUGGGUUCCAUCGUGGCCCUGUGUAUGGUUGACAAUGUGGAUCGUAAGAUUCCCUCGAUACUCUCAGCCAUUAUUUUUGGCGGUAUAAUGAUCGGCAUCGGUUUGAUUUUUCGUGAUUUGGAAAAUCUCCUCAUAGCCAGCGAAAUGACUGCGGCAAUGAUUCUGUGUAUUGUUAUGCAGCUGUUUGCGGGUUUCUUCACACCCUAUACCUCUGUGUAUGUGGGUGAGGCCUUCCCGUUGCGUGUGAAGCCCUAUUUAAUCGAUAUCUGUGUGAUAGUUGAGCAAAUUAUUCACAUAGUCCUCAUUGAAACUGUUAGCCUGUAUUUGGGUACGAAUCUACUGGUCCAAGGUGUAAUUAUAAUGGUUGUAUUCAUACUGCUCGGCUUGACAAUGCCGGAGACGAAGAAAACUUCAUUGGCCGAAGCUCAGCGGCGCUUUAGAAAAUGGAUAUAUAUUAAAUUGGACAUUGAAGUAUGAGGGGCAUGACUUUUUUAUAAAUUGUUGUUAAUAAAUAAAGCUCAUUA